AUGGACACUGCCAGGGACUAUGCCGGAGUCCUGAUGAGGUUUGUUCUCAGGGCGUCCCCACGACUACGAGGGGACCCCCCGGUUCGCUCCUGCUUCAGCCAGGGUUUGCCCCAUCCUUUUGUCCUCGGCGGGCUCCGCGCUCUCUGCGACCAGUCCCUGGCAGUAGCCUUGCCGGCCAUGCCCCAUCCGUGUCCUGCCUGCAGCUCCCUGACCAAGUCUAAGGCUGACUCAGGCUCCAGGUGUGCCUGGUCGGGAAGGGUGGCCAUACUUCACCCACCUGCUGGUGCUGCUGCUGCUUCUCGAAGGAUUCCACAGAACAGCUCAGGGGCUUUCUUGCGGGUCGCUGUGGCGCCGUCAGUCUGUGCACGAACUGUAAAGGAUUAAACUCUUAUCAGUAAAACCCUGGAUGCCCUAGCAAUUACUACAGGCCUGGUUACUUUGGUGUUGGAAGAAGAUGGCACAGUUGUAGAUACGGAAGAAUUCUUUCAGACCCUAGGAGACAAUACACAUUUCAUGAUCUUGGAAAAAGGGCAGAAGUGGACACUGGGUCCUAAAUAUGCUACUCAGAAGCAAAAAAGGUCUGGAAUAGCAAGGGUCACUUUCGAUUUGUAUAAGAUGAAUCCCAAAGACUUCCUUGGAUGCUUAAACGUGAAAGCCACCAUGUAUGAGAUGUAUUCUGUGUCCUAUGACAUCCGAUGUACAUCAGCCAAAGCUGUGCUGAGGCAGUUGUUGCGGAUUAUGUCCUAUGCUGCCCAAGUCACCGGACAGUUUCUUGUCUAUGGCGGGUCUUAUAUGUUGCAUGUGCUUAACGACAGUGAGGAUUCCGUCCCUCUUCAGAAACCAAGCACCAAGGGGUGGCUUCUAUAGGGGGACAAUGCCUUACAUUGAAGGGAUUGUAGAUGGCUCCUUUAGUUUUUCUUUCCCCAAUAUUAACUUUUAAAUGAUUGGUUUCAAGGAUGCCCACUUACAUUCUUAAAUACAUCAUUUGCUAAGAGUUGGCCAUUGCUGCUCUGUGCUAAUGAUCCAGGCAAAAGGUAGCUUUGGCCAGCCUUUUAUUUCCUAGGAAAUUCCUUUAUAUUUCAUGAAAGGGGUGCUGGACAGAAAGUGAACCUGGAAGAAAGGGUACACACAAAUAGCCUCUAGGGACCUAAAUGGGAAGAGGAAGAAUACUUUGUGGAACACUAGAAGUCGUACUCAAUAAAUACACUAUUCAAUGAA